GAGCGUUUUGCUGACAUGCUACCCUGACAGCAGAGCUUCCUGUGGAAAAACAAGCUCUUCAAGCUUUUCAAGCCUCUCAAGAUUUUUCACUUGUUGGGCGACUGCUGAGCCGAGACAACACAGCGCCAGAAGCUCCGUCUUACUUAAGAAACUCCUGCUCUUGAGGAGGGGAUCAUGUUCUAGCACCCUCCCGUGGCACACAAGGACAUGUUGAUCUCAAUCUGCCGGGCUGUGGUCACUUGUUUGCCCCUUCUGUGGCUUGUGAGAGUGACUGAUGGGAUGCCUGACCCAGCCAAGAGGGAACUGCUGAUGCGCGAGGAGACCUUCAGACAGACGGGAGGCGGGGUGGCGCUGACGGCGGCUGAGCAGAAGCUCGACGCUCACCUCGGUGGAUUAAAGGAGAAGGAGAUGGCCGCCGCUCAGUUCCCACCUGCCAUUCACUUCUUCAAAGCAAAGCCUCUCAUCCAGAAGAGUCCCAUCUUCAAACUGCUGCAGCAGAUGCCGAAAGGUGGAGCCCUCCACAUCCACAGCUCCUCUCUGGUCAGCGUCGAGUGGCUGGUGAAAAACGUCACCUACAGGCCGCACUGCUACAUCUGCUUCACGUGGGACAACUCGGUCCGCUUCCUGUUCUCCGACCGCCAGCCCUUCCCGCGGUGGGACUGCUUCUACUGGCAGCUGCUGGAGACCUUGAGAGCCAAAAUCGGAGACCCAGCAGGCUUCGAUAACAGUCUAAUGCAGCAUCUCACACUCGUCACUGUGGAUCCAGAUGGUGAGUACCCAAGCCAAGAUGUCGUGUGGGAGAGGUUUGAGAAAGUUUUCAUCGCGACUGCCGGGCUCAUCACGCACGCUCCGGUGCUGAAGGAGUAUCUCUACAAGGGCCUCGCCGAGCUCCACCUGGACAACGUCAUGUAUCUGGAGCUCAGGAGCGGCCUCUCAAGGACAUAUGAGCUGGAUGGAACGGUUCACGAUAAGGCCUGGAUUCUGAAAACGUUUCAAGAAGUUACCAAGAAGUUUAAAGCAGAUCAUCCAGACUUUCUCGGGGCUCGUAUCAUAAUUUCUGUACACAGGGCUCUGGAGGUUCCUGCAGUCAAAGCAGCUGUGAAAGAAGCCAUUCAGCUUCAGAAGGACUUCCCAGAUGUUGUGGCAGGAUUUGACCUGGUUGGCCGGGAGGACAGCGGCAGGAAUCUUUGGUACUUCAGGGAGGCCCUGUCUCUGCCAGCUGACCUCGGUGUCACGCUGCCGUAUUUCUUCCACGCAGGGGAGACAGAUAAUGAAGGCACCGACGUAGAUCAGAACAUUCUCGACGCCCUUCUGUUCAACACCACACGCAUCGGACACGGUUACGCUCUGGCACAUCAUCCGCUUGCCAAAGAGAUGUCCAGGAAAAGAAACGUGGCCGUGGAGCUUUGCCCCAUAUCGAACCAGGUGCUGAAGCUGGUAUCGGACCUUCGGAACCAUCCUGCAGCAGUGCUGAUGUCUGAGGGCCACCCGAUGGUGAUCAGCUCCGAUGACCCGUCUCUGUUCGGCACCACGGGCCUCUCCUACGACUUCUAUGAAGCCUUUGUCGGCAUCGGAGGGUUAAAAGCAAACCUGGGCACCCUGAAAGAGCUGGCUGUUAACUCCAUCAGGUACAGCUCGCUGCCAGCUCACCUGAAGGAGGCGGGGUACGCCAUAUGGAAGAAGAAAUGGGACGCCUUCAUCUCUGCUCAUUCAUGACAGCCAAAACACAACAGAUCCUGUUUGACUUGAAUGACCUUUGUACAUAAUUAUACUAAACUAAUGUAAACAUGUAAAGAUCAUUGGCAGCCUUUAUUUAAGCAGUUUCGCUCCAAUGCAACGUGCAUCAUUGGAACCACUCUGUGUUUUUAUAUGAAGGAUUGGCUGUCAAGAGUUUUGACUGAGAAAGUUCUGAUCGGGACUUUGUUGGAGUUUCUGGACCUUUUUUCCUUAAAACAAAAGGAACACAUAAAACUGUAACAGCAAACAUUCAUGAGGACAUUUUUGUCUUCAAAACCAAGAAAAUAAAAUCAUUAUUCUAUAGUAAUUCA